AUGGCCGCCGAUGUAGGAUCGAUGUUUCAAUAUUGGAAGAAAUUUGAUCUACGGCGGCUUCAGAGGGAGCUAAACUCUGUAGCAUCUGAGCUGGCGGGUCGACAAGAGGAGAGUGAACAUUCCCACAAGCACCUGGUAGAGCUGAGCAGGGAGUUCAAGAGAAAUGUCCCUGAGGAAGUCCGGGAGAUGGUGGCACCUGUUCUCAAGAGUUUCCAAGCUCAGGUGGUUGCUCUGAACAAGCGCAGUAAGGAGGCAGAGUCUGCGUUCCUUGGAAUCUACAAACAGCUUAUCGAGGCCCCAGAUCCAGCUCCUGUGCUGGAGGCCUCGCACACCCUGGAGGGAAGGCUGCAGCAGCUUCAGAGUUCGGCCCCAGACAGCGAGGCCCUGGUACGGGAGAUCAGCGGGCACUGGAAGAAACACUUGGAGUGCCUUGAAAAGACAGAGCCCACAGAGGACGGUCCAGCCGUCUCAGUGGCAGCGGCGACAGGAGAGGCCCCAAAAUCCAGCUCUCCGGCCUCCCUGAUGACCCCCAACAGCACACCGGCUCCCGGGGCCCCAGGCUCCCCACAGCAGAACUACCAGGACCGAGCUGAGGACCGAGGGGAGGAGGAGGAGAGCGCUGAUGUUGGUUUGGCUGACAGACUAUCAGAGGCUGAGGAGAAGAUCAAGGUUCUGCAUUCUUCUUUGAACACUGCACAGACGGAGCUGCUGGACCUGCGGUGUAAAUACAACCAGGAGAUGACAAAGAAGACAGGGGAGGUCGACGCCAUCAUGGCCAAUCUUGAGAAAGCAAACCAGAGAGCGGAGAUGGCUCAGAGGGAAGUGGAGAGGCUAAAGGAGCAGUUAGCCAGUGGCCAGAGCGCCACCACAGGGAGCUGCCAUCCAGCAGAGGGCACUAGCAGGGAGAAGAACGAGAAGGGAGAGGUGUUGCCCUCCCAGUUGGAGGCCGCCUUGCUGGCUAAAGACCGCGAAAUCCUUCGUCUUCUUGAAAACAUUCAGCGGCUGCAGUUCACACUACAGGAAGUUCAGGAGACGUCGGCCAAUCAGAUCCUGGAGCUGGAACGCCAGCUGGCCUAUAAAACAGAAGCUAUUGAGAGAUUAGAAGCUAAACUGCAAUCCCAGAUUGACUAUGAAGAGAUUAAAACUGAACUCAGUAUCCUAAAGGUAAUGAAGCUGGCCUCGGCAAAUGGCGGCUCUUCUCAGGAGUCUGCCAAGGCUGCAGAGGCUCUUCUGCUGGAUAAAGAGGCUUUUCUUCCAUCUCACAAGUACCUGGUGGAUAAGGCUCGGAUUUUGCACAGCAAUGAUGAUGACCAGUCUGAGGAUGCAGGAAGGGAGACAGGCAGACCGCCCGGCUCCCACUCGUCCUCCUCUCAGGUGGACGGCCGAGCCUCCCCCAGCCCUGGCCCCCCCACCCUAGACAGCUCCUCCUCCAGCCACGAUCUCCCCCGUCCCUUCUCUGUGUCCCCGUGCUCCGGGGACCGACUGUCAGGAGACCACAUCCUUCACAAGCAGCUCCUCUCCCCACACUUUAAAAAGGAGGGCCUCAUGGCUUUUCCCACCGCCCUCUAUGCAGCCAAAGUUGCCCUCAUGUCAGCGACUCAAGGGUCUGCGGGGGCAGGCAGCGUUGAUGCUGGCUUGCCCAGUGACCAGUCAGAAAGCGGCAGCUCAACCGCAGGAGAUGAGGACCAACUGGACACGGCCGAGAUCGCCUUCCAGGUGAAGGAGCAGCUGCUCAAGCAUAACAUUGGCCAGCGUGUGUUUGGCCACUAUGUGCUGGGCCUCUCCCAGGGCUCGGUCAGUGAGAUCCUGGCAAGACCCAAACCCUGGAGGAAGCUGACUGUGAAAGGCAAAGAACCUUUUAUUAAGAUGAAGCAGUUCCUGUCUGAUGAACAGAACAUCCUGGCACUUCGAACCAUCCAGGUCCGCCAGAGAGGGAGCAUCACUCCGCGCAUCCGAACUCCUGAAACUGGGUCAGACGACGCCAUUAGGAAUAUCCUGGAGCAGGCCAAGAAAGAGAUCCAGUCCCAGAGGGGAGGUGACGGCAAGUCGUCUCUGAGCAGCUCAUCAGGCAGAAGCAGUAACGGAGCAGGCAGCAGCUCUGAUGAAACCAUAAAGAACAUCCUAGAACAGGCCAGGAGGGAGAUGGAGGCCCAGCAGCAUGCCCUGAUGGAGAUGGAGGCCUGCGGGAGGGCCUCGACUGCCAGUUCUGGAGCACAGGUGGAACGUCUGGGGCCCCCAGAGCGCUCCAGGGGCCUGCCUUUACCCAUCUCCAUCAAACAGGAGGAAGGUGGCUGUGUUACCGUGUGCAUGGCCAACCCCAUCAGCAGCCCCCAAACACCCCUCAGUGUGCUCUCCCCAGCCGCCUUCGUCCAGAACAUCAUCCGUAAAGUCAAGUCAGAGAUCGGUGAGGCGGGCACCUACUUCGAUCAGCACUGGUCACAGGAGCGGGGGUCGAUUGGGCUCAGUGGCGGAGGUAGCUCUCUGCCCUUCAAUUCGGUCUCUCCUUCCUUGUCUUCCUCCUCCUCUGGGCCCUCCGCCUUGCCCCGGCCAUGGCCCCGUCUGGAGAACGGCGAGUGUCUCCCCAACAGCGAAGAGGCCUCUGCUGCCGAGGACGAGCUGGGGCUCGGCCGGCCAGUGGAGGUGAAGGUGGAGUCAGACACGUCUAUAAGCGGCGAGUCCCCAGGACCUGGCCCGGGACGUCUAUCCUACUACCCAGCGUACAUUCCCCGCGCCCUCAAGCCCACCGUGCCGCCGCUGACCCCAGAGCAGUAUGAGAUGUACAUGUACCGAGAGGUGGACACCAUCGAGCUGACCAGGCAGGUGAAGGAGAAGCUGGCAAAGAACGGCAUCUGUCAGAGGAUCUUUGGAGAAAAGGUGCUGGGGCUUUCUCAGGGCAGCGUGAGCGACAUGCUGUCUCGGCCCAAACCCUGGAGCAAACUGACCCAGAAAGGCAGGGAGCCCUUCAUCCGCAUGCAGCUGUGGUUACUGGACCAGCUAGGCCAGAGCCUCAACCAGACCCCAAACCAGGGCCAUGCUCAGGAUAAAAGCCCAGUGACCACCCAAUCCUCACCCUCCCCGCCCCCCAGCCCAGCGGAAAGCCACUCAAGUCCACUGGUUGAGCCUGUCAGUCUCUCCCUGGAGAGCAGCAAAGAGAACCAGCAGCCUGAGAGCCUCGGGCUGGGGCUGCCCCCCCAUUCAGAGGGAGGGAAAUCCACUCCCAGCCUCAUGGCCCUGCAUCAGCCCACAAACCCACUGGGCAUCCAGGAGUUGGUGGCCAUGUCUCCUGAGCUGGACACCUAUGCCAUCACCAAGAAGGUCAAGGAGGUGCUAACAGACAACAACCUAGGCCAGCGUCUUUUCGGGGAAACCAUCCUGGGUCUGACUCAGGGUUCUGUGUCGGACCUGCUCUCCAGGCCCAAACCUUGGCACAAACUCAGCCUGAAAGGCAGGGAGCCGUUUGUCCGCAUGCAGCUGUGGCUCAAUGAUCCUCACAAUGUGGACAAGCUGAGGGCUAUGAAGAAGAUGGAGAAGAAAGCCUAUCUGAAAAGGAGGUAUGGGCUGCUGAGCACCGGCUCGGACAGCGACUCACCCAGUACUCGCUCCGAGUGUGUGAGUCCGGCCUUGGUCUCUCUGGACCUGUGCCCCUACAGCCAGGUGAAGAAGCCUCGGGUGGUGCUGGGAGCUGAGGAGAAAGAAGCCCUGAGGAAGGCCUACCUGCUGGAGCCCUACCCUUCUCAGAACACCAUCGAGAUGCUGGCCUCCCAGCUCAACCUCAAAACCAACACUGUCAUCAACUGGUUCCACAACUACAGGUCCAGGAUGCGACGGGAGGUGCUGAUGGAGGGUCUGCCAGACAAUGACACAGAUGCUGAGCACCACAGCUACUCACCCUCAGUGACGCGGAGCCCCCACUCUGAUGGAGAGGAGAGGAGGCUGCAGAAGCCCUCAGGACACAUCCACUCCAGCCUUCCUCUUAACGCCAACACCGCACUGCCUCAUGUCAAACAGGAGGCAGUAGACAGGGAAGACGAGGGGGAGGAGGGAAAGGAGGGCUCCAUUAAACAGUCGAGAGUUCAGUGUUUUUCCACAGCAAGCCUGAGGCACGACGAGGGGAUGAGCAGCCAAGCUCAAGGGCUGUACCCUGGUGCAGUGUCCAUAGAUGGACCCCAAAGAGCCAAUCAGUCCAGGCACGAGGGGGAAGACGCAGGAAAGUCACCUGUUGACCCGGUCAGCUUCAAGGCUUCGUCAGAGCCCUGCCGCAGCAGCCUGGAAGUCUCCCUGAACUCCCCCUCUGCUGCAUCCUCACCCGGCCUCAUGAUGUCAGUCUCCCCCGUCCCUUCUUCCUCUGCUCCCAUAUCGCCCUCGCUGCCCAACCCGCCCUCAACGAGCACCAAUCACAGCCUGGACCCUAACCAGAUCCCUCCCUUCCAAAGCCCCAAACUCAACAGAAGCACUCAGAGACGCAAUGAGAAAAUGGCCAACCUCAAUAACAUCAUCCACAGGCUAGAGAGAGCAGCCAAUCGAGAAGAAACACUGGAAUGGGAGUUCUAA